AUGCAUCCACAAAUGCUGGAUCAUUUGCGCCUGAUGCAGUUACGGGGCUCAGAGGGCGCCUUUGUUGCACAGCCUGGAGGAACAGACUUGGAUCGAUUCACUCCAAGACGUCAAGCACCUAACCCCCCCGGUAAUGCGCCUCAAACGCCCCCCAAGUUGCCUGCCGGUGUAUAUCAAUCUCACAACCCUCCAUUAUUCUCAAACAUGCAAGUACAUCCUGGAUCCAACUCUCGUCCGAUGAAACAGCCAACGCUUCCACACACCGUCGUCAACGACCAGGUCAGCAUGUGGUCGCCGCCACCCAACAUGCAGUCACUCAUUGAGCCGGCUUCAUCACCAUCAUCAUCAUCACGUUGGAAUUCUCAUACUCGCUCACAGAGUGUUGAUACGUACUGGAUGCGCCCAUCGAAUUGUACAGAGUCACAUCGAAUGCAGACGGAUGGAGUUCAUCAAGGAUUGCCACAACCGCACAUGCUAUCGAAAUCAAAAUCAAACCGCUCACUUUUGGGUUCCAAUUCACGUAGAACGUCGCUUGAAGGUCAAGGAAAUGUGCGAAUGAGUGAAGUUAGUGGGUCAGGAACACCACGAUCGAUCAAAAGCAUGAUUGAUGGCCUGGUCAACUCUAUGAGUGAUGCAUUUGGCACACCGAAACGGCCAGAUAUCUCAACGCCAUAUGAUCCUGUACAUUUAACUCAUGUUGGAUUCAAUGCAUCAACGGGUGAGUUUUUUGGUUUACCAAAAGAGUGGCAGUCUCUCCUCCAACAGUCCGGGAUUACAUUGCAAGAGCAGGAACAAAACCCGCAAACUGUCAUGGAUAUUGUCGCCUUUUAUCAAGAUGCAGCCCAGGAACGCCCUCCUGGUGACGAAAAUGAUAAUGUCUGGUCCAAAUUUGGUGCUAAUAUUGAUGAUUCGGAAGAUAGCGAGGAGUGGCUCUCAGAUGCUUACGGUAUUGAAACAGGUGCGACCGGUCCCUAUCUACAACCUCAAGCACCGUCCACACCAUCCACGCCCUCGAAACGCCCACUUCCAACACCACCUGCUCAUGCACCAACAUUCCGUCCGCCCGAGUUGCUCAAUUCGAAUAAAGGGUCGCUGACGGAACCGCAUGUUGAAGGUAUCACGUCUCGGCCUUACACGUCAAACCCGUUUCCUGGAAAGGCAGAGAUACUCGUUCGCUCACACUCCCAAAAGGCGCUCCAAACCAUGCCUGGAAAAGAUGCUGAUCUUCGGCCACCGUUAGGUGGCGCCGUAGUCCCACGACGCCGGACGCAGCGGACCAAAGCAUCAGAUGCUGAAGUGUAUGCCCGAAUACGAGCGAUAUGUAUGCCAGGCGAUCCCAAACUACUAUUUCGCGACUUGCACAAGAUUGGACAAGGGGCAUCUGGUGGCGUUUUUACAGCACGCAGUAUUGUAUCAAACCAGCUUGUUGCCAUCAAGCAAAUGGUGCUAGCGCAACAGCCGAAGAAGGACUUGAUUGUAAAUGAAAUUGAAGUCAUGUGCCAAUCAAGACAUCCAAAUAUUGUUAAUUUUCUUAGUGCUUUCUUGCGUCAAGACGAAUUGUGGGUUGUUAUGGAAUUCAUGGAGGGCGGGCCCCUCACUGAUAUUGUGUUGCACAGCAUUUUAAGUGAGGGACAAAUCGCUGCCAUUGCUCGUGAAUGUUUGACAGGCCUUCGACAUUUGCACGCUCAUGGUGUGAUCCACCGCGACAUCAAAAGUGAUAACGUGCUAAUGAGCAUGCGUGGGGAAGUGAAACUUACUGAUUUCGGAUUCUGCGCACAGCUUAGUCCAGCACAGUCUAAGCGAGUCACUAUGGUUGGUACACCAUAUUGGAUGGCCCCUGAGGUUGUUACUCGCAAGGAAUACGGUGCACGCGUUGAUAUUUGGAGUUUGGGGAUUCUGUGUAUCGAAAUGAUUGAAGGUGAGCCCCCAUACUUGAAUGAAAACCCCCUGCGUGCCCUGUACUUGAUCGCCACAAAUGGAACGCCCAAAUUACAAAAUCCCGACAAGCUUUCGCCUACAAUCAAAAGCUUUUUAGCAACCUGCCUAGAGGUGGACGUCGAGAAAAGGCCAGAUGCGACCAACCUGUUGAGUCAUCCUUUCCUACAACACGCCGAUGAUCUUCAAACCCUCAUACCAUACAUCCAAGCUGCUCAUGAGCUACGGGAAAGGAAUGCAUCAGCUUAA